AUGGCGUUUUUAGGUUUGCAUUUACUGAAAGAGUUAAGCAUUAUUGGUUCACAACUCCGCUAUCUCUCUGCGAACACUUUUCUUGGUAUUGGUGCUCUGAUUUAUUUGAAUCUCAGCUCAAACCAUAUAGAAAAUAUAGGCCAUGGCACAUUUAACAACCUAGCUUAUGUCAAAACACUUGAUCUACGUAACAAUAAUUUACAGCUAAAGCAAAAUAUGUUCCAGGGUCUAUCAAGCCUAAGAGUUCUGUAUGUCGACUCUUACACUCUUUGUUGUGCUAAACCUGGCUCGGUUACGGAUCCGAACUGUUUCGCUCCGCGCGACAGUAUCUCUUCGUGUACAGAUCUGAUCCGCUUGUCUGUUUUGCGAGUUGCUCUUUGGAUCAUUGGGCUAUGUGCAGUCCUUGGCAAUUUGUUCGUUUUAGUUUAUCGCUUUAAGUACGACCAGGCUAAUCUGAAGAAAAGUUACUCCGUUUUUGUCAUCAAUUUGGGCUUGUCAGAUAUCCUGAUGGGAAUUUAUAUGAUAAUAAUUGGCAUUGCUGAUGCAGUUUACAGAGAUCGCUAUGUAUGGGAGGAGAAUGAUUGGCGACGCAGUACUACGUGCACAGUUAGUGGGAUUUUGUCCACCAUAUCAAGUGAGGCAUCCGCUUUUACUAUCCUUUUUAUAACUCUUGAUAGAACUAUGGCUAUUGCUUUUCCAUUUUCAUUACGACAAUUUACAAUGAAAUCUGCUCUUAUUACAUCCGUCAUCCUAUGGAUUAUUUCCAUAGUGAUAGCCGUACUUCCGGUGUUUACCUUCACAGAUUACUUCCGGGGAGAGUUUUAUAGCUCUUCCGGUGUGUGUAUUGCACUUCCGUUGUCAGAUUACACAACACCUGGUUCGGAAUAUUCAGUAGCUAUCUAUGUGGGUCUGAACUUUGUCAUCUUCAUUAUGAUCGCAGUUUGCCAGUUUGUGAUAUACCGAAAAAGCCGAACCAACUUGACACUCAGAAAGACGACAAGUAAACAGAAUAAGGACAUCACUGUAGCAAAAGGACUCGCCGCUGUUGUCGCUACAGAUUUUUUCUGCUGGUUUCCUAUUUGUGUCUUGGGUAUAUGGACGUCACUGGGAGGUAGAUUAUCGGGGGAUACGUACGCCUGGGUCAUGGUUCUGGUACUGCCGAUCAACUCUGCGCUUAAUCCGUUUCUCUACACAUUUGCUAACACGUGGAGAAACAGAAAGACCCACCAUCGCCAACAUUCUAAGUAUGGGCGCGAGAAAUCAGAAGCUGAGAUGACCAAUGUGGUUUUGGAAGUUUUGAACACAUUCCGCCACAAAAGGGGAAGCAAGUCUCUUACGGAAUAUCUGUGUGACUCCGAAACAGAUUUACAAGUGAAAAAUGCCUUCAAUAUCGUCCAUCACUUGUCCGCAUGUUUGGUCUACCUUCACAAACAAGAACUCGUCCAUGGAAAUAUUUCUGCUGAAUCAAUAGAGAUAUCUUUGGAGAAUGACAGAGUGACAGAUGCGGUAUUCCCAAUGGAUCAUCACCAAGUGCCCCAUGACUUUGGACAAUUAAACGAUAUCUACGAUCUUGGUAUGGUAGUGAAGGUACUGCUGAAGAAAAUAAAACUUCCAUAAACAUGUCAUCGGACCUGGAUGUGACGUAAUCAGACGUUAAGAAUUAUAUCUGAAAGCAUAAAUUCCUGUUACGCGAGAGCUUGCGAUGGUGUAUAGUCAGAAUACCUACAAAGACAAAAACAUGUAGUUUCCAUGUACCAUCACGUCACUUUCUUCCAAGAAAGAUACUUAUUAUGUGUAACGUCGCACCAACUAACAUAUAUGGACAAAGUAAUUCGUGAUGGUUGUCAUUAUAUGCCUAGCAUUUUUCAAUGUUAGUUUUAUUUUCUGAUUUCACUAAGUGUUAGUAUUUUCAUUGGAGGAAUUGAUGACUAUAGAGCAAAUAAGCAUUCUCUAUGGAUUAGUCGACUUUAGUUCUUAAAGGUGGCGAGACGCGAUAGUGUUUGUUUAAAUAUAUCACAAGAUCAUUAAUCUAUUUAUGCUGGUCAAUGUACUAAUCAUUUGUUGUUGAUAAGCCUUGAUUUCCCUAAAUAUAUAUAUAUGUAUACUAAUCUUUUAUGUGGUCUUCAAAAGUCACUUUAUAUUCGUAUCCGUUUUAGUUCAUUUCUUCGACAUUUCAGAUUGUAUUUAAAUCGGUCACCAGACCGGAAGAUUACAAUAUGUUCACCUGAAUCGUGACAAGUGGGUAAUUCUGAUGGUGAAUAUUGCCAAUCAAGUUCCCAAACCGAUCUCGGUGAAAAACACGUUACUUUGAUUAUAUAUAGAUAUGUUUUCCGCAUUUCACGUAAAAACAUAUGGUUACACUUUAUAUAACGACGUCAUCAAAAUAAUAACUCCAAGACACUAUCAAACAAAGUACUCGAACAAGACACGGUCAAACUAAGUAAUCAACUAAGACACUAUCACACUAAGUACUCAACUAAGACGCUAUCAAACUAAGUACUCGAACAGUAUACUAUCAAACUAAGUAAUUAACUAAGACACUAUCAUACUAAGUACUCAACUAAAACACUAUCAAACUAAGAACUCUAACAAGACACCAUCAAAUGAAGAACUCUUACAAGACACUAUCACACUAAGUACUCAAACAAGACACUAUCAAACAAUGUACUCAAACAAGACACUAUCAAACAAUGUACUCAAACAAGACACUAUCAAACAAUGUACUCAAACAAGACACUAUCAAACCUAGUACUAUAACAAGACGAUAUCAAACUUAGUACUCGAACAAGACACUAUCAAACUUAGUACUCUAAUAAGACACUAUUCAACUUAGUACUCUAAUAAGACACUAUUCAACUUAGUACUCUAACAAGACACUCACAGAAAGUACUCGAACAAGACACGAUCAAACCGUGUAUUCUAACAAGAUUCUAUCAAAGUACUCAAUCAAGACACUAUCACACUAAAUACUCAAACAAUACACAAUCAAACCUAGCACUCUAACAAGACACUAUGAAACUAAGUACUCGAACAAGACACUAUCAAACUAAGUAUUCAAAUAAGACACUAUCAACCUAAGUAUUCAAGCAAGAAACACUUAAACUAAGUAUUUAAACACUUUUGGACACUAUUACACUAAGUACUAAUUUAAGACAGUGUCAACCAAGACACUUUCAAACUUGGUAUUUAACAAGACACUAUCAGACUAUGAAUACUCUGUCACAUAUACCAGUGGUUCAAGGGCGACAACUCUUACACAAAUAUAAGACUGUUGCAACAUUGUAUGUAAAUAGAAUUUUCUGGAAUCUUCUUGAAUAGAGAUGUGUCAUAAUAUUUUGUUUACGUGUUUGCGUUUAUGUGUGUUAAAGAUUUCUAGUAAAGAAAUGGCUGGAAAAUAACUGGAGAGACAAAUUGUUAUUCAGAACUGGUUUACAAUUGUCGAGGUGAGCUUGAAGAAUGUAUAUUAGAUUAUGAAUUGCCUGAUAUUGAGAACCGAUUAACACCUGUUAAGGAACUGUUGGAUUUAUAAACAUUCUUAAUUCUGGAAAAAUGGAUGUGAAAGGAUUACUAAGGACAUUUGUUAUAGGUUUAGUAAUAUACAGUGUUAAUAUAAUACAUCACCUUGUAAAACACGUUAUUUUUAAUUGUGAAU